GUGUAAAUCUCAUGUUCGGCUAACGAAAUCCUAACUAAAUUCUCCAUGAAACCCUUAGCGAAAUAGAGUGGGCAACGAAAAGAGCUCACGCAAAUAUGACGGCCAUCAAACAUGUGGCCAUCUCCUGUCGCCGAGCAUUGACCAAAUGUGCAAAAAUUGGCCACACUACAGUGUCCGUGAGUCGGUCCCUCCGGAAACUGUCACCCACGGCGUUCAAGACACUUCGACAAGCAAUCGCCAAGGUGGGGCACUUAAACAUCAUGGGUCAGAAGAUACGACUGAACGAUCGGGAAUUAGCGGCCAACAAAGUGAUCAUGGCCGUCAAGAAGGAAGAGAUAUCCAAGGGCAUACUGGAUCCCAGUCAGUUCACGCCGGGCCAGCACAUCUUUAAGACCCUGGCCGAGGUGCAAAAGUCGCCGAUCUUUAACCUGAUUAAGGGUAUGCCGAAGGGCGGCGCGCUUCAUGCCCACGAUACGGCGCUCUGCAGCACAGACUACCUCAUAAGUCUGACCUACCGGAAGAAUCUUUGGAUUUGUACCGCUGAGGAGGGCUGCAAGGCCAUUGCUUUCCGGUUUUCCAAGGAGGAGCCCAAGGAAAAACCUGUUAAGGAAUCUAUCUGGGAGCCAAUGGAGGAGUUCCGUGAACGGCGAGGAGAGGAGAAUGUUACAAAAUAUCUCACACGUCGAUUCAGCAUGUACCCCUUCUCCAAGUUCAUAUCAAACAAUCAAGCCUGGGCACACUUCAUGGGCAUCUUUAUUUUGCUCGACGGUUUGCUCUGCCAUGCCCCCAUUUGGGCUGAGUACUACUACAAUGCCCUCAAGGAGUUUGCCGAGGACGGAGUUCAAUAUCUGGAACUGCGAUCCCUGCUCCCGCCACUCUACUGUAUUGAUGGCGAUAUGCUGACCAUUCGGGACACAGUGGCCAUUUACAACUCGGAGCUGGAACGCUUUCGAGCCGAUCAUCCGGAUUUUAUUGGCUCCAAGCUGAUAUACGCUCCUCUCAGAGGAGUGGAGCCCAGUGUGGUCGAGCAAUAUGUGAAAACAGCUGUCGAACUUAAUAAAGAAUUUCCUAACUUCAUGGUUGGCUUUGAUCUAGUUGGCCAAGAGGAGUUGGGACGACCGCUGAUUGAUUUUGUGGAGCCCCUGCUAAAAAUGCCCGAGCACAUUAAUUUUUAUUUCCAUGCGGGGGAGACGAACUGGUUCGGAUCUCCCAUCGAUGAGAACCUGGUGGACGCCAUCCUGUUGGGCACGAAACGCAUCGGCCAUGGAUACGCCAUUACCAAGCAUCCUAUGAUGAUGCGACUGGCCAAACUAUUGGGCAUAGCCAUCGAGGUGUGUCCGGUGUCAAAUCAAGUGCUGCAACUGGGCGUGGACUAUCGGAAUCAUCCGGCGGCACUGCUGUUGGCCGCCAAUGUCCCCAUUGUUAUCUCCUCAGACGAUCCAUCCUUCUGGCACUGUGCUCCGCUGUCCCACGACUUCUACUUCGCCUUCCUGGGCAUUGCACCGAUGAAGGCGGACCUGAGGUUCCUCAAAAGCCUGGCCAUCAACUCCAUCCGGUACAGUGCCCUGGUUGGCGAGGAAAAGCGAGUGGGGUACCGAAAGUGGCAGGAGAAGUGGGACAAGUGGAUCGACGACGUGGUGGAGCACAAGUACUGUUAAUGACCCCCUUUUAGUAAAUAACUCAUGCUGCCUUUU